AUUUACCCGCCCAGUAGAUAACAGGCGUUCUUUACAGCAGCAAGACAGAACUUUAAAGCCUUGGAUUGGACGAUUUGCUAAAACACUCGCAUUCAUUUUUAUAGAUAUCGAUCUUGUUUUAUUUUUAUCUCUUCAGCGUGUCUCAUUCAGAUGCAUAUUCGGUGACCGUUUCCGUUGUGGUAAAGCGACAGAAUAAAACUAUGACAGAGAAUGGGCAAAACCGCCUCCGUCAGGCCCAGGAGAAUGUGGAGGAAGUUAAAGUUAUCAUGCUGGAUAACCUAAUGAAGGCUGACGAGCGAACAGUUAAACUCGGGGACCUGGACAACAGAGCGGAACAACUACUAGAACAGGGCAAAGUAUUCUCAAAGACCGCGACUAAAGUGAAACAGAAGAAGCGCUGGGAGAAUAUUAAGUACAAAGUAAUAAUAGCGGCAGUUGUUGUUGCAGUGGCUAUUGGCAUAAUUGUGGCUGUGGCAAUGAGUUUUAGCAGAGAGGACAGUCAAAAAACACCCCCAGCCACACAAUCAACAGAAGCACUAGGAGAUGGCUAGAUUAAGACAGGCCAGCUGACAAGAAGAUGUGUGAAGUUGUGUUUAAAAUUGCCUCAGAAUAUCACCUGGAAAAUCUUGUUUGUAGUACUUUUGUUAAAAUAGCCUAAACUAGUGUGAAGUUUCAUAAAUCACUAAAUGCACAAUCAAGAGUGCCAAGAGUCUAUCAAGAUUAGGCUAAAAAUAAAUGUGGUGAGUGAUACAAAAAUGGUACCAUGGUGUCACCAUCUUUUCUGCUUUCACUUUCAUUUUUAAAUGGUAACAAGCAUAGGGAAUGCUGCAUUCAUUUAAAAUCUUUUACAUGGAUUUUUGUCAGACAAGCCAUAUAUUAACCACAAACUGGAUAAAUCUGAGCCCUUGAUCUGACCCAUUUCAUCAUGUCUUAGAGUCUCUACAAACAAAGCUGUUGAGUUUAAUCGGAUUUGUUUGAAUGUGGAAACAUACAAAAUGUGUAAAUAAAUAAAUGUUUCUUGUGCAAAUAUA